CUUCAACGCGCUCAUAUGAAGCUCGAAGCUCUGCAUUGAGCCUCUGUCUCCAGCUAGGGAUGUGAGCACCAGCUAGCAGAGGGGACAAGCAUCCUGCAGACAGGUAACACCAAGCUCCUGUUCUGAUCGGGACCGUUUGCACGGAAAACAAAAACGUGCUUUUCCUUUUUUUUGCAUUUUGGUGGGGGUUUUUAUCCCCCGCUGUUCGCUUCGCCGCGCAUUGCAAAUCGUGCACCCGCACAUUCCUGGGGCCGCGAAUGGCAUUUUCAGUCCGACUUGGCGUCGAGGCCCCUCCCGGGCUCAGAGCAGCCGCCGCUAACAAAACAGCGGAGAGCCCAGAAGGAAGCGGAAAGGCAGAGGCGCCUGGAUUUAAAGGGAUACCCCCAAUGCAGAGGGGAAAAGCUACCAAUAAGAGUGUGUGGAGAGUAUAAUGGAUGUGUUGCCCCUGUGCUGGGUCAGUGAUCACACUGGCUUCAGUGGCACAAUUAAGAAUUCUGCCAGCGACUUUGUGGUGACUGAGAUCAAUACACGUGGGCAACUAGUCAGUGACAUUGGAGCUGAUAGCGGCCAGGAUUCUGAUGACAUUGAAAGCGAGCAAGAAAAGCCCCCUCCGACACAGAAGAAGAGACUGAAGGAACCGGAAAAAGCACUGGAAACAUUUUCUGGUUUGCCAAUCUUUGACAAGUCGAAGAAUGCCAAUGUCGCACUAGGCAAGAUUAACCAGACUGCUGACAGCAAUUUACCUGAGUCUGCAGCUAACUCUCCUUCAGUGCAAACCCAGGGAGAUGUGUUGGAUUUGCUUUUGGGUAGCUCACUGUCAGAAAAUCUGGAAAAAUUUGCCUUCUCGGUUAAAGAAGGUAAGGACGCUGAACAGGAGGGGACAGAAGACACAGCUAGGCUUUUACUUGGAACCUUUGAAGACAAAUCUCAACGAGCAGCCAUUCAUUUGGCUGUACGGCAGAAAUUUCCUUUUCUAAAGACUGUUACCAGCUGCGGUGAGAUUGAGGUCAGGCUUGACCCUCAGUAUUCAGAACUCUGCCAACUGGUAUCUGAGGAAGAAGCCAAUGGGUUCUUUGGUUUCUUAGAUGCAAAAGAUAGACGUUCCAAGUUCACAUUUCAGCCCAGUAGGAAUAAGGAGCACCGGAAGGCCAUCCAUCAUUUUGUUAGCAAGUACUUUGGAAGACUGGUGGAAACAAAGAGUUUUUUGGAGCAAGAUGGCAGCAGUGAGAGGGCUGCAGUGAUUACUGUGAGAUUUAGAGACAAAAUCACAUCAGGCAGGAAACGAACUGCCAACGAUUGCCAGACAGUGCCAGCAACUUACACAGCAUUUACCUUAUGUAAGGUGAACAUGGAAACCCUGGAAGCGAUUGCUUGCCUGGCGUCAGAACUUGAUGUGGUUGUAUCGGAUUUCAGCUAUGCAGGCAUCAAGGACAAGAAAGCUAUUACUUCCCAAUCGAUGGUGGUAAAGAAUGUGACAAUUAACAAGUUAAAAGCAAAGCAAUUAUCAAUCCAGAGGAAAGGUCUGAAAGUGUAUAACCUGCGCCGUGCAACUAAGCACUUACGGGUGGGCCAGCUGAAAGGAAACCAUUUCAGUAUUAUCAUCAGAAACGUCAGCAAGCACCAAGAAGAUGACCCUGACAGCAGGCUUACUUCUCGAGUGUUGGAAGCAAUUGAGAAUGUCAAGGAGAAAGGAUUUGUGAACUACUAUGGACCUCAGCGAUUUGGUCUGGGACAGAAUGUCCAGGCAGAUCAGAUUGGUUUGGCGCUUCUCAAGGGAAAAUUGGUGGAGGCUGUGCAUUUAGUCUUUACAGCAGAAGAUGGAGAUGAUCCUGUCAAUCAGGCCAAGAGACAUUUUAUUCAGACUGAGGAUGCCAAGGGGACACUCGCUCUGAUGCCAGAGUACAAAACGAGAGAGCGAAUGAUGUUGCGUGCAUUAAACCGCUACGGCAACAAUCAGGAGGGUUGUGCCCGGGCCUGGCUUAGUUUACCACACUCCAUGCGUGUACUUUACGUCCACUCGUAUUGCAGUAAGGUCUGGAAUAGAGCUGCCUCUUUUCGCUUGAGGACUUAUGACUUGAAGGUUGUAGAGGGAGACUUAGUUGCCUGUGAUAAUCUCGAGUGGGAUCCAUUGAAUCAGGAAAAUGCUCAGGUGCACGUUGUGACAGCUGAAGAUCUGAAGUCUAACAUUUACUCGAUUAACCAAGUCGUUCUUCCAAUGCCUGGUAACAGUGUCCAGUAUCCAUGCAAUAAACUUGCAUUAUGGUAUCAGGAAACUUUGGCUAGGGAUGGACUACAGGGAUGCAAGUUUAGAAUCCCUGCAUUGCAACUGAACAUACCUGGAUGCUACCGGCGCCUCCUAGCACAACCUCGGCAACUAGUGUUUCGGUGGUUAGAGGACAAGGAAAUGCCAUUUGCACAAGAAGGCUGCGUCUUUGCGACGGAUGACUCCAAACAGCCUCAGGAAAUGAGAGACUCUCUUUCUGUGUCCUUCAGUCUGAAUUCGUCAUGCUAUGCAACAAUAUGUUUGAGAGAAAUCAUGAAAUGCAAUGUGUAAUUCUUUUUCGAUUUAUUGUUAUGAUAUAUUGACUUUAGCCACAGUCUGCCAAAUUUCCAUAUUGUCAAGCCGGGGGUGCGGGAGGGUGUGGAAUGCUUUUUGGAUAUUUGUUUAUCUGUGAAAGCCAUUCUGAAAAAACUGAUGUAUUCACAUGUUCAUAGAGAGGGAGCUGUCACAGAUUGAUUUGGUUCAUCAAUAUGGGAGAGUGGCAGUGGUUAGAGGAAUUGUGGUGACAACAGCCCAAGAUGUGAAGGGGGAUGGAAACCUUCUUCCAGAAAUUUGGGGCCAAUCAAAAGAAGAAUGUUGUAUCUGUUGCCUGUCCCAAUUGCACAGGGUCUAAAAAAGUUCCACUUUGUCACCUAGAAAAAGGAAGACAGAUAGCAAGAAAGGCAGAGGCAGAAAGCCCUAAGCAAUGGCUAAAUUUGCAAAUGAGGCAAGCCAAGUUGAGGGAGCUUAUUAAAGAUACAUUUUAGGCAUGGAAUCUUAGUCCUUUGGUUGUUCCUAGUGUGAAUUAAUUUUAAGUUUCAUCCCAGAGACUGUUACAAGCCUUGGCUUAUCUCUCAUAUGGUUCAGAGAGACCAAAGAUAUCCAGAAUACUGACAGAUUUUCACACUAUAAAGUAGGAAUGGCCUGUGUUACCUACUCCUGAAAUUUAAGGUGUCCUUCUGCUCUAUAUUCCUAAUACAUAGAAUUAGCAGACCAUAAAACUUGUAUUUUGUUUUAAGAACUAGUUUUUCGCUGGAAGACUUCAAAGAUAAUUCGGUCAUCCAAGCACUCUGCAAAGUCAAUGAAUACUAACAACCAACUAACAAAUAACCCACUAUGGAAUGUGUGUCACCAGGUGCUGCCACUAAAGCAUCAAUAGAAACUGUUUAUUUGCAGUGGCAAUGGUGUCCAUGCAGCCUGAUUCUAGGACCUGGAUAGGGAGUCUGCUUAAGUCAGAAUCAUUGGAACAGGUAUAGCACAACAGGAGGUCACUUGGCUCCUCUGUCUGUGUCAGCUCUCUGACAUGAUUUGGAGGAGGUGUCGGUGUUGGAUUGGGGUAGACAAAGUUUAAAAAUCACACAACACCAGGUUAU